CUGCCAAUCCCUCUACUGGCCUCCAUUCAGUGUCCUCCACCCCCCUCUGCCAAUCCCUCUACUGGCCUCCAUUCAGUGUCCUCCACCCCCCUCUGCCAAUCCCUCUACUGGCCUCCAUUCAGUGUCCUCCACCCCCCUCUGCCAAUCCCUCUACUGGCCUCCAUUCAGUGUCCUCCACCCCCCUCUGCCAAUCCCUCCACUGGCCUCCAUUCAGUGUCCUCCACCCCCCUCUGCCAAUCCCUCCACUGGCCUCCACUCAUGUCCUCCACCCCCCUCUGCCAAUCCCUCCACUGGUCUCCACUCAGUGUCCUCCACCCCCCUCUGCCAAUCCCUCCACUGGCCUCCACU